AUGGCCCGAAUCCGAAUCUCACCUCAGAUGUUCAUCUGGCCCUCGUUCUCAUUCUUUGUGUUAUCACGGGCCCGCUUUAAGAACUUCUUUUUAUUUAUAAAAUCGGUAAUCUCCCCAUUGGGGUCGUUUUCCCUUCUGGUCUGGCCUUCUCAUUGUUCCCAAUUCGGUUUAUUAGCUCUUCCACACAUUACCGGUGGCGAAGGCACUCCCCUUAUGGGCGGAAAUUGCAGCCCCUCUUUCGCUUGGUCAAUUAGGGAGCCAAUCAGUCGAGACGCGGUCGCUUCGAAGAGCUGGCACCGCUUCCAUCGCCUCCGACGGAAUGAGAACAGCCAUCCAUAA